AUGGAGCGCGAUGACUCCUUGUUUAACGUCGACUCUGGUUUGGAGGUGAAGAGCACCGUGACAACGGAGGGCCUGGGCUUGCUGGGUCGGGAAAGCAAUGUGUCACGAAUUCACAAAGCUGCAGAAAAAUAUCGAGGAGUAGCACGACAGCUGCUGGGUCGAAAGGACCUGGAAGCUGUACCUAGAGGAGUGAUGCAGCGCGUCAUCACUACUCGGCAGGAGAGAUUUUAUGGCUGUCUGUCACUUCCUGUGAACUUGCUGUUUUUCCUCUGCUUCGUCAUCGCGGUUGCAAUGCACGAAGAUAUCACCACAGUAUACAUGGUCGAGUCUGGGCUUAGGACACACCUUUCCGAUGGGUCAGAUGACAUCGGCGACACGGAGGGCAUUUGGUCCUGGUUAGAGGGGGAGCUUAUGCCUAAGCUCUUUCUGCAGUCUGAUUCACUUGGUGUACCGUACCAGAACAAGUCCAUGUGGAGCCGAGUCCUGACUUACAAUCAGGUUACAGGUCCUGUGGUACUGGAACAGCAGCGGAGCACAAAGACCUUGUGCGAAGAGGGAGAGGGUGUUGCCGGCGACAUGUACUGCUACGGUCAGAGAACAUCCUCACGCGACUCUUUCGGUUCCAAUCAGGUGCUUCCGAUCACUGCGCCGGAUCCUCGCGAGUACGAGGGAGGAGCUGUGACGCCAGCACAGAGAAGAGCAUACUAUGACUCUGCUUUCGAAGUAGCACCAUCCUCCUCACGAAGGCUUGCUGAGGACACUCGGCCAGAAUUCGAUUUUCUGCUGCCACGAAGCUUUCCAGAGGAUACUUUCCAAGUGGCCAUCUACCCGAACACGCCGUCUGAUCUUAUAGCAGAGCAUGUCGCCUACAUCAAAAACCGUGAAUGGUUAGAUGUGCGAACGAAGCUUUUGAAGAUUAAUGCCGUGCUCGUGAAUGCUGAAGUCGGAAGGCCUCGGCUGCAGAAGUUCACCAUCGAGUUGGCGCAAAGCCGCGGAGGAGGCUUCUUCAAGCAGGUCAGGGUUAAUACGCUGUUCCUCGAGAUGUUCCCUGGCGUUGCGAGCAUCGUGUUUGACAUCCUCUUUGCAGUAUUCUUGUUAGGCUUCUUCCUGUCCGAGUGUUUCCAGCUCGGAAAGGCGAUCGCCAGGCGGAAGGGCUGGAAGCACAUCAAAAAAGGGUGGACCCUGUUGCAAUGGCUCACUAUCUUUGGUGGCGCUGCUGUCCUCAUCGGCUACGGGUAUGAAAUGUUUUUGCGCGAAGAUGUUGUCUCGGCAUACAAAGCAGUGGUUGCAAAUGCGGAAGAGGAUCUUCCUGCAGACACUAGCACUGGCAUCGCGCUGCUAAAUGAGGUUGAACAAAUGAGCUGGUUCGUGGUCAACUUCCGGGUGGUUACCGGUCUGUACUGCUUGCUUCUCAUGGUGCGCUUCUUCACCGCCUUUGGAGCGCAGCCACGACUAGCCGUGGUGACCAAGACGUUGGAGGUCAGCGCCUUCGACAUUGUCCACUUCCUGGUAGUUUUAGCCCCGACAUGGCUGGCUUACGCUCUGGCCGGGUGCUUCAUCUUCGGCCGAAGGAUGGAGGAGUUCGCGACUUUGGACGCUUCGAUCGGCUACUGCUUCAAGCUGAUGAUUGAGGGAGAGUAUGAUUGGCCCUACUAUUCGGAAGAGAAUUACUUCACCACGAUGUUCUGGAUGUGGACUUUCAUGGUGUUGCUAAAUGUGGUCAUGUUGAAUCUGGUCCUAGCCAUCAUUUUGGAUGUCUACGGCUCGAUUCGGAGGGAGACUGGCAAGAGUGAGACGGCGUGGCUCACACUCUGGCGAAUGCUUUUGCAGCUCUGGUACCGUCGGGUCUGGGUGAAGAGUGCAACACUGCUGCAGGCUUUAGAGGAGCUGCCAGCUGAGAUCCGACGUGAAGACCUGCAAGAGAAGUUCCCUUCCAUGUGCAACGAGCAGCUCAAGGUCUUGUUCCAGGAGUGCCACUUCCAGGUCCAAAUGGACGAUCAAGCAGCCUCUCAGAGCAAGCGGUGCAUGAAAAUGGCACUGUCCUGCAAACUAGCGUUGGAUCAGGUGACAGACACAGUCAAAGCACUGCACAGUGGCACCAUUGAGACCGGCGGGCAAGACGGUCCCGCCUCAGACUGGGUCCAGAAAGUCGCGGAUGAAGUGGCAGAGCAGAACCAUUACAUGUCGACACUACGAAAAAGACUGGAGACGGUCCAGAAGCAGUGGGAGGCCAUCAAGCAGAAAGAGCAGCCUCGGCACGACUUGAAUUAUGGGAUGGGUCAACGGCGGUCGUCGGCUUCCGCCCUGAUGCUGGCCGGAAUAGUAGCAUCAAGGAAGCAUUUCCGAAACCCUUCUUAA